AAAGUCAACGGGGAAAUGGAAGACGACGAAAAUCCUUUUUUAAAAAGUAUUAAAAAAAGUAUAAAGAAAGACGAUGAACCGAAGUUGACUAAUAAGUUUGAGACGGACUGUGUUAUAGCGAAGGAGAGUGAACCUAAAGUGGAGGUCGGUAAAGGUGAUAUUCCGGUGACGGCGGCUGAUAAGAUGUUGGAGUUUUUUUUGGAGUUUGCUGAGACGGAGACUUAUAAGGAGAUGCGCUUCCUAGGCACAUUCACGGACCCGCAGUCGUCAGCCAUCCACGGGGUCCUGAACGACGUGUCCGCCUGGUCGCUCGGCAGCUUCCGCGGCCACGAGCUGGUCGCCAGGGCGCUACGGGCCGCUACCUUCAAGAUACGGGAUGGCGCCAAUGGGACCCCUGAGAUCCACAAGGUGCCAGCCAGCCCGGGCCGAAAUCUGGGUAAAACCUAG